GGUGCGUGAUUCACAAACCUUAUUUGUUCCCACUACUCUCUGAGCGCCAUCUUGUUUGUAACUCCUCUACGUAAGUGGUAGAGUUUCUACUGAGGGGGUGUCCGAUUACCCUUUUUCCAGCUUUAGACUGGGAACCUCUCCCUGUAGUACUCAGGCGCAUAUUGCAUUUGCUUUAUCGCCGUUCUCUUGAAAAAAUCAAGCCACAGUCUUUCCACCUGGACAGAAAUGAGCAUCGAAACACUUUUGGAAGCAGCCAAGUUUUUGGAAUUGCAAGCCCAGCAACAACAGAAAGCACGUGACGAUGAACUAAAGGAAAAGCAGCAUCUGGAGCAGCUGGCAGAGCAGAGGCACUCUGAUGUGAACUAUAACUCAACAAUCCACAUCAACAAUGUUUCUAAAGCAGAGCAGCUCCGCACCGAGUGCCGCCCGGCGCCCAUACCACCCUCUCUGCCUCCCCCCUCCAUGCCCAUCACCGUCAUCCCCAUCCCCGUGGUCACCCCCAACCCGACAGGCUCACCCACUCUGCCUGUCGCCACGCUCUCCCCUCCAGCUGCUCCACCACCUGCCGCGACACUGCCGCGCUCUCCACAACCUAAACCCGACCACCCGACCUCUGUGCUGACCGCCAACCACAAGCAGCUGAUACAGAACCACCAUCACCACCCGCAGCUCAUCGCCCAAACUAACGACGCUAAACUACAGCAGCAGACACACCAGCAGCUGGUUCAACGCUAUCCUGGUUCCAUCGUCUCACCCCCCCAGCAACACGCCUUACUGCCCCAGUCGGGCCCUGUGCUCCAGCAGGCUCCUCUACAGAACGGUCCCAUCAGCCGGGGGAGUCCUCCUGAUGACGGCCGCCACCUAGACAGCAAGAAGAGGCCUGGAGGGGCAGGCACAAGAGAGGUGCAUAACAAGCUUGAGAAAAACAGACGAGCACACUUGAAGGAGUGCUUUGAGACGCUGAAGAAGAACAUCCCCAACAUAGACGAGAAGAAGACCUCCAAUCUGAGCGUGCUAAGAAGUGCGCUGAGAUACAUUCAGACGCUGAAGCGGAAAGAGAAGGAGUACGAACACGACAUGGAGCGACUGGCCAGAGAGAAGAUAGCCACGCAGCAGCGAUUAUCAGAGCUGAAGAACGAGCUGAGCCAGUGGAUGGAUGUGAUCGAGAUCGACCGCGUCCUCCGACAGACAGUACAGCCAGAGGAGGACCAGGCCUCCACCUCCACUGCCUCAGAAGGUGAAGACAUUAUGGACGACGACCUAGAAGAUGAGACUGCGCCGAGAGCACAGACUGCCUUACCCACCGUGCCUCAAACCAUGAAACCUGAGCUGCACAAGACUGCAACAUCCACUCAGACCCCAACCCUGGCACCCACCACCACCACCACCACUACCUCUUUCAUCACCCAGCACAUCUCCAUCCAGCACAAAGCCCCUCUGCACCAGCAUCAGCUCCAGCCGCUGCCAGUGACUCCUCCACAGCCAGUGUCCAAGCCUGCACCCCCAUCUACACUCACAGCUACAUCCAGCACUCCCAUCACCCCCACUCAACCCCUGAUCCCCACCCAGACACAGAUGGUGACCAUGCCCAGCCUACACCCCACAGUUAUUGCCCACGCUUCAGUGUCCCAUCCCUCAGUCAUCCAAGCAGUCAACCACGUCAUCCAGGGAGGGGGUCCCAAACACAUUGCCCACCUGGCUCCCUCCACCACCACCAGCUCUGUCCAGUUAGCCCCCGGCCACCAACCCAUCGGCCACAUCACUGUGCACCCGGUGGCCCACCUGAGCCAGCAUCUACCCGCCCUCUAUCCCCAACCGGUGGCUGUCACGCAGCCAGCCGUGGUCGGUCACAUCACCCACACCCUAAACCACGCCCACCCUCAGGUGAACGGCACCGUGCCUAGCCAACCAGCUGCCGCCAUCGUUGGCAAGCAGACAGCAGUGAGCACCCAAAUGGUGACCCACCACCCGCAGCUGGUGGGUCAGACAGUGCUCAACCCUGUGACAAUGGUGACCAUGCCCUCCUUCCCCAUCAGCACUCUGAAGCUGGCCUGAACACUGCCAACAGGACCACCAGGCUGGAAGACGGAGACGCCCCUCGACAGGGGAGAACCACAGGCCUCAGACCAGGCCCUCGACGAGCCCCUCAGUGAGGGCAGGAGAGCUGCUGGACACCUCGCUGAUCCACCGUCUCACUGUCAUUCAGAAGCAUUACAGCUGAUAUAAAGCCGGGGACAUUCCUAAGACAAAACGUAAACCUCUCUCAAUACUACUCUACCACAGUGUCCUGAAAUCUUAAAUCCUGAAUUUAGGAUAUGCCAGGUCUGCAUGUGGUUCAUCAUGUUGAGUGUGUGUGGUAAUAUACAGUGGGCAGAUGUUCAGACCCUCACCUGUCAUCCAUUGUUGCAGGUAAUGGAGCAGUGGUCAUUUUCACGUGAGCUUUACGGAAACAGCUUCAUAUAGGAAAUGUUACGCUACCAGCACAGUGUCCAUAACAGCACCCUGUUACUACAGUGUUCAUGUCUGGCUGGCGGCUAGACUCCUCGCUGUCACUGUGACCUCUGUGGAUUAACCAAUAGUAGAUCACGUACUCGAGAGGCUGCAUCAGGUUUAGAGGGCUGUGACAGUGUAGGCUCUGAGUGCUGGACCCGCCAUAACCAGCAGCACAUUGGGAAUGUGAUUUAGAGGCGCUCCUCCUCUCCAGCAGAGGCACGUGCUGCAGGGCUCGAGCAAAAUCACGGACUGAACCGAAGCUCCAGAAGUGGAGCUACAGUCCUCAGUGAUGGUGCAUACAGCAAUAGCUCCCCCUGCUGGCUGAUUGUGUUCAACAUAAUACUACAAUCCUUGUAAUGAUGAAAACAAAUCUUCCAGUGAAGUAUAAUGCGGAUGGAUGUCAUAGUGAAGUAAAGUAAAGUAAAAUAAUAUGCAGUUUUGUCAGGGUUUGGUUUUUAGUGUUGGAAUUAAAGGACACUUAAAUAGUUACUUAUCUCACGCAUUUGUCCUUCAAACAUACUGGCAACUGAACGCUGAGCACAAGUACAAGUUAGUGUUUUAGGAUCAAGUUAUGUUUUUGUCACAGCUGCUAAUAUAUUUUAAUACAUUAUUUCGUACAUCUACAUGCCCCCAAAAAAAAAAAAAUGUAAAUGCCACAACAGACUGGUGUGUUUUUAAAUACUAAACGUCUGAGAUAAAAACUCAAUGUCGGUUAGAUGGAGUUGAGUGUGUAGAAAUUUUGAAUGUGAAUACAUAAAAAGGUCUAUAAAAUAUAGUAAAGUGUGCUUCUAUGCUGUCAAAUGGUGGUAGGAUGUGUUUGCAUGCUUUGAAUGCAUUUCAUGACUGUUAAUUUAGUGAUUAUCUUGAGAGAGAGGACUCGUAACACUCGACAAGUUGCAGUAGGAGAUUUAUUGGCACAGAGUUGAAGCUCUGUCAUAACUUUGGGUUGGGAUCGCUAUAAAGUGAUUUCAACAACUGACAUUAAUAAAAUCAAUGUGUGUUUUUUCAAGACUGUCCUUUUCCAAAGCUAGCACUGUGAAAAUGAGUCUCGAUGAGCAGCAAACCUGCAGUUUAGCAUAGCACUUGAUAGAACAGCAACACGCAGUGCUCUCCUAAUUUAAUCUGAAUGUACUGACCUGUGAAAGGAAAAGCCCUUUUUUUUUAAAAAGAAAAAUGCUAUUACUUUAUUAAAGUAUCAUGUGUAUGUAAUGUGUAACAUUUAAAACUGAUUUUGUAUUUUAAGAUUUGCUGUUGCUUGUUUCAUCUGGAGAGUAACUCCUUCUGUUCAGUGUACAUUUGAUACUAUAGUUGUUUUUUCUGGGACCGUGUACAGUGCUGUAUAUCAAGGGGCGACGACUACACAGACCUCUUCCCACGUUGAUAUCACAUUCGGCCACUUUGGAAAGUAUCCACCCUUUCAUUUUUUUGCAUUUUGUUCUGAUGCAAUAUGAUUACAGCAGGGACUUUUGAGAACUCAUUAAGUGUAAAGAUGAAGCAACCCCGUUUUCACCUUCAGAUUUCAUGCAAAUGAUCCUGAACAAAUGCAUUUUGAAGUCAUAUUGUAGCAAAACAAAACGUGUAAAAAUGAACAGGGAUUCAGAUACUUGAAGAAGCAACAAUAUACUUGUGUGUUUUCCCUAUGGAGAAAGUUUAAGUUGUAUAUAGCCUGUAAAUGUUGAGCUGCAUUUAGAUCUAACUGUAUUAUGUAAAAAGCUGGGGAAAAUAUGUACAAUUAAACAUUUAUAAAAAAGAUACUUAAUAAAUUGCAUUAUGUUUACAAAUGUA